GGGAAUCAGAGUACCUCCAGAUUGUCACAGACACUUGUAACAAGAUUGAGAUGACCCCCAAGCACAUGAUCUACAUCAAUGACCAGCAGUAUCCCGUGGAGGCUGGACAUGUUAAGGUUGGCGACAACUUGUCCCUCAUGGAGCCUGGUCAUGCCGCCACCACCAUGGCCGCCAAAGUGACUGCCAUUAGCAUUGUCAAGCUCAUGGGAGGCUUCUCUCCUGCCACUGAGGAUGGAACCAUUGUGGUCAAUGGUCUUCUUGCCUCCUCCUACAGCAACCCUCGCUACACUGACAAUGAAUAUGUGGAGGUUGCUGGAAAGCCCUUGAUGCACAGGCAGGCAUUCACCCACUUGAUCACCUCUCCCCUGAGGUUGCUCUGUAUCCAUGUCAACAGUGCCUUCUGUGAGGUGGAUAUGGAGGAGGAAGCAUUUUUGCCUUUCUCAAAGGGAGUUGACAAGCUCUAUGUUGCCUCUGCGAAUGCUGGAGUUUUGGAUACUGUGAUGAUGCUGACAGGUUUUGUAGGAAUGCUGGCCCAUGGAAUUGAGCUGUUCUUCAAGCUGUUUGGCCUUCCCUUGAUGGCCUCUGGAUGUGUUCUGGCCCUUAUCAGUGUUGUGACACCCUUCAACUUCAACAUGAAGAUUGUGAGCAAGGCCAAGAAGGUUGACUAA